AUGCCGAAGUUUGGCAUUCCAGGGUAUGCAUUAAACGGGAUCGGCAAGGCAGCCGGCCAUGCCCAGGCGGCUGCCAUUGGCGAGAUGUUCGGAGGGGUUCUAGCGUUCCUGCGGGCUCUGCAUGAUGCAGGUGAAUCCGAAUUUGCUUCCCGAGUCCGAUUGAUCGGACUAGAUUGA